GUUAGGCGUGCCUCAGGGCUUCGUCCUGGGCCAUUUUACAGAGGCACCCUGGACACACCUGUUUGAUGCUUUUCCGAUAAUCAUUCCCAUAAAUAAGCUGAAAUAAACACACCCCUAAGGUCAAACUGUAUAAAAAGAUCCUUGGCUCUCCAAAACCAUUAAGCAACUGUCAGAGGUGUCCAUCCAACAAAGCGCAAAGGCAACAGGAACGGAAACCAUGACUCAGGUUACCCAGUCUUUUUCACGCAAGAGCUUGUCCAGCUCCAGCUCUCGUCCCUUCACCUCGCUCUCGCUCAGCGGUGGAUACUCCAAGCGCAUCGCCGUCGGUCAUGCGCCAAGUGUCUACGCAGGUGCAGGGGGCUCCAGCGUGCGCGUCUCUUACGCACAAAGUAGCAAGAGCGGUUUCGACCUGGCCAGCGCGCUCGGCGGAGGUGACAAUGGCUUCGGUUUGGCUUUCAACGAGAAGACCACCAUGCAGAACCUCAACGACCGUCUGGCGAGCUACCUGGAGAAGGUGCGCUCCCUGGAGAAAGCCAAUUCGCAACUGGAGCACCAGAUCCGGGAGUGGUACGAGAAGAGAGCCCCUGUUUCCAGAGACUACAGCCACUAUUACGUCACCAUUGAAGAUCUGCGCAAAAAAAUCGCUGUCGCCAGCCAGGACAAUGCCAGAAUCAUCCUUCAGAUUGACAACGCCAAAUUGGCAGCCGAGGACUUCAGAGUCAAGUACGAGAAUGAAUUGGCCCUGCGUCAGUCCGUGGAGGCUGAUAUCGCCGGUCUGAGAAAGGUUCUAGACGAACUCACCUUGACUCGCUCCGACCUUGAGAUGCAGAUUGAGGGUCUGAAGGAAGAGCUUGUCUACCUGAGGAAGAACCAUGCAGAGGAACUCGCAGCUCUUCGCGCUCAAAUAUCCUCCAGCAGCGUAAACGUAGAGGUUGACGCCGCACCUCAGCAAGACCUGGCCCGCAUCUUGGAGGAGAUCCGACACCAGUAUGAGGGCGCCAUUGAUAAGAACCGCAGAGAAAUGGAGUCCUGGUACAAGGGCAAAUUCGACGAACUGAACAAGACGGUAACCACCAGACAAGAAGACAUCACAUUGUCCCGCAGUGAAAUCAGCGAGCUUAGGAGGACGCUUCAGAGCCUGGAGAUCGAACUACAGUCACAGCUCAGCUUGAAAGCAGCACUGGAAGGCACACUGGGAGAGACAGAGUCACGGUACAGCCUCCAGCUCAGCCAAUUGCAGGCCGUCAUUAACGGUCUGGAGGCGGAGCUUUCUCAGGUGCGCAUGGACAUCGAAAGACAGGGCAGUGAAUACAAACUGCUCCUGGACAUCAAGACCAGACUAGAGUUGGAGAUCGCGGAGUACAGGAGACUUCUGGAUGGAGAGAUAAUGCAGAGACAGACAAUCAAAGUUGUAGAGAUUGUAACUCCUCCUCCUAAGCCCGAACCUGUGGUGACCAAGCGUGUUCGCACAGUAAUCGAAGAGAUGGUUGAUGGAAAGGUUGUUUCUCGAACAGAGGAUGUUGACGUUGAGGUCAUAAAGAAGUAAAAACGACAGCAAUGAGAUCCAUAAAGCUGGCAUGAAUUUUCAGCCUCAAUACGGCUGAUUAAAUGAUCCCUGUUCAACAUCUCAUGUGAAAUGCCAAGAAAAAAUAAAAAGACAAGCUGCGAAAUUAAAUGUGUUUGUUCUUUCAUUCCUGUAUGAGUAGCAGGUCGAUAUUUAUCAAAAACAACACUGAAAAUAGAAGUUUGAGCUGUAUUAUAUUUGAUUUGACGUGUGUCACAAGCGCCAAAAGACGAGUCAGCUUAAUUAAGCACAAUUUCAAAAGGUACGCCAGUAAGAAACAAAACAGUCUGUACAAAAGACGUACUCGCUCUCUCACAAACGUACAAACACAACUGGGAGAUAUACAAACAUGACAUACAAUUUCCUGUGUACUUUUCUGACAUUUUAAAAACAUACUAAAACAAAAAUAACCACCAUUAUCUUUUCAGAACACUUUUAAUAUAUAACAUUGUAUUUACAAGUAUUUCACAUAUGACACUAUGUAGUUAAGAGCCCCCCACCCCCACAGGUGUCUGUAUUUGACAAAAUGUUCAACAUAAAUAAUUAAACCGCAUAUUUUCCCCCAUCACACAAUUACAGUAUAAAUUCUACAGUAGCACAGCUGACUACCACAGUCAGUUGCAAAGUGCUGUCCUUUUUUUUUUAUUAGUUUUUUUGUUAAAUACAAAAAUACCACCACUUCCGACGCAAAGUCGGUAGUAAAUUUCUAGCUGCUGCGCUAUCAUGACGUAAACUGAAGCAAAAUCGGCUCACAUUCAAAAUGGUGGGCGUGAUUGGUCCUUAAUGCCAAAUCAUUUGUGCAAUGGCACCGCAAAACAUUGUAAGGGGGAAAUGUUCAUAAAAACAUUGGCAAACAAUUACGAUGGUCCGGAGUGUCAUAUUAAAAACGUUUUGCUCCAUAAUUCUUACAUAUCUUUUCUUUUCAGAAUGCAGAAAAUUAUAACUUAAAAACUAAAAAUACUUUAAAUUUAUUGAUCGUUAAAUUUUGCACUUGCAGUGAAUAAAACAUUAAAGCGACCAAUGAGCUCUGUAAAUGCCAUCAUCUCUACAGUCAUAGCAAGAACUAAAUGAACUAUGACCACCUUUUGAGUAUAUUGCAGGUAAUUGCUAACAGGUAACUAGUUAGAGAAGAGGAGAUAUGGAUAAGCAUAACCAAUCAUAAGCAGAAUUUAAACCGGUAUCUUCAGAGAGUGGAGCAGAUACUUUUUCUCAACGAAAAACACAAAACUAUUCAUACAAGAUGAACAACUAAAAUCUGAAGAUAAUCGGUUUCUUACAGUAGAAGUUUUGAAAAUUUGAUCGUAAACAUGGAAGAAAAUUGGUAAUUGUGAAUAUGUGAUGAUCUUUACGCUAACCAGAGAGAACGCUAGACUAAAUCGCACAUUAAACAUUUAAUUUGCGUCCAUACUUAUCAAUUGAGAAUCCAGUUUCCGCCAACGAAGCUAAUGUGAAAUUCACAGCUUUAUUUUCUAAAUAAAAUGCUUCAAAGAUCCGGAAAACAUGGAUCUGAAAGAAGAACAGCUGCCUGAUGCAUAUUUAACGAUACAAAUGCCAGCCGUUACGUACUACACGUAGCCUUGCAAUAAAUAUCGAUUAGCCAAAGCGACACACCAAUCAGUUUUAGAGGCAAACAGCUGUGAAAUUUGGCAGCAAGAAACAUCUUUACCAUGGCUCAUUUUCAACGCAGCUGGUGGCCUGUUAAUUUCGCUAAAUUAAUUAAUUUUCGCUAAAGAGAGAACUACCAUGGAAACUUUAUCAAGUAACGAAAGUACUUUACAAAAGUCUUAAGUACUUUAAAGACUAUCUUUAAAGCGCCAGGGUAAAAACUAAUUAAAUAUGUAUCGUUAAAAGCUUUGUUUUUGUUCGACAAUU